UUUGGCUUCUCUUGCUGCUGCUGCUCCGCAGAUCCAUCCCGGUCAUUCGACGAGGGUGGGGGAGAUCGAAGGCGGCCCCGAUCUCACCAGCCCCAGCUGGAAUUCGCCGAUUCCUACCGGAACCACGCUUCUGAUCGAGCUCUUCUCGCCAGAUCUGUGAAUUUCUCCGCCUUUCUCCGGGGUUUCCGGGGGUUUGUAUUUCGGCCCUUUCCUCCGAUUGCUCUCCCUGCCGGAGAUCUGGAAUUAGAGUCGUCUCGGUUAGCUCGGCGUGUCGGUAGGUGGGAUUUGUGAUGUCUGUUGGAGAUUCUUGAAACUUAGGGUUUCUGCUUCCCGCUCACGGAUUUUGAGUCGCGUCCUCUUGGUUUGAUUCGGCUACCGAUUUCCCUAAUCUGGACAUCUUAGGGCUUCGAGAGGAAGUCGUAGUUCCGAACAGCAUUCUAAUCCAGUUGCUUUAUCGCACGCGUUACGUUGAUGCCGUCAUUUUCGAGUCAGUCAACGGCAUCAGCAUCCCCAGAUGGGGUUUGAUUCAGUGCAUGCCAUUCUUGUCGCGAGACUGACAGCAUGAGCUCGAUCUGAGGGCCUCCCUAGUUUAGGCAUCAUGUGGAAGCAAUUCCUCAGUAAGUUACCUCGCAAAUCUUCCAAAUCUGAUGCUUCUUCGGGCUCCGCUCACAGCCAUCUCAGCAACAAUGGGACGGCCUCCGCGAACGGGAACCCAAUCCAGCGGACUAGCAGUGGCAAUGUGGUUUCCUCCCGGUCGGCCACUGUGAAGCGGACUGCUUCUGCCAUCUUUCCGUCCAGUGUCGUCACCAGCAUCGAACCUCUCCUGUUGUUCAAAGAUGUCCCUAACUCUGAAAAGCAUAACCUUUUCAUCAGUAAGAUGAAGCUCUGCUGUGUUGUCUUCGAUUUCUCUGAUCCAAACAAGAACUGUGCCGAGAAGGAUAUGAAACGACAGGCACUAUUAGAUCUCGUCGAUUACGUUGAUGCUGGUACUUCUAAGUUUACCGAGCCUAUGAUUUCUGCUAGCUGUAAGAUGUUCGCUAUUAACUUGUUUAGAACUUUCCCUCCAAACACACGAUCCAGUACUGGUGGCGGGGAGGCUGAAGAGGAAGAGCUGAUGUUCGAUCCAGCUUGGUCCCAUCUGCAACUCGUCUAUGAUUUGCUUCUAAAGUUCAUAGAGUCCUCCUCGCUUGAUUCUAAGAUAGGAAAGAAGUAUGUAGAUCAUUCAUUCAUUGCAAGACUGCUUGAACUCUUUGAUUCCGAGGACCCCAGAGAAAAGGAUUGCUUGAAAACUAUCCUGCAUAGGAUCUACGGAAAAUUUAUGGUGCAUCGUCCUUUCAUCAGGAAAGCAGUGAGCAAUAUAUUUUAUCGGUUUGUGUUUGAGACAGAUCGGCAUAAUGGGAUUGCCGAGUUGUUAGAAGUUUUUGGUAGUGUGAUCAGUGGGUUUGCUCUGCCUCUCAAGGAGGAGCACAAAAUUUUCUUGUGGAGGGCUUUAAUACCGCUGCAUAAACCGAAAACAUUAGGUGUUUAUCUUCAGCAGCUGACUUACUGUAUGACACAGUUCAUAGAGAAAGAGCCUAUGCUGGCAAGCUCAGUGAUAAAAGGGUUGUUGAGAUAUUGGCCAGUGACAAACAGUCAGAAGGAAGUUAUGUUUUUGAGCGAGUUGGAGGAGGUCUUGGAGUCUACUAGCCCAGCGGAGCUCCAGAAAUGUGUGAUUCCAUUGUUCCGGAGGAUUGGUUUCUGCAUCAACAGCUCCCACUUCCAGGUUGCCGAGAGAGCCCUACUCAUGUGGAAUAAUGACCAUGUGACAAGUCUGGCGUCACAAAACCAGCAAGCAAUCAUGCCUUUGAUUUUGCCAGCCUUGGAGAGGAACAUCAGGAGUCAUUGGAACCAAGCUGUUUUGAAUUUAACAGAAAAUGUCAAAAAAUUGCUAUCUGAGAUGAACGAAGAGCUAUUUACUGCUUGCAAAAAGAAGUUUGAGGAUGAAGAAGAGAAGCGAGUGGCAAUGGAGGAGAAGCGAAGAAUGAUCUGGGAGCGUCUGGAGACUACUGCCGCGUUCCAGCCAGUGACUAGUAACACAGCCGUCCUGGUAAUACCUGCAAUUACUCCACCAAUUGCUGCUGUUCUUAGUUGAAGUAAUACAAAUGGUUUAGGAGAAACAAUUAGUAGCACCAAACGUAUUCAAUUAAAUUAGCUCCUUUAUUGUUGGUGUAUUGACGGCAAUGCUUGCGAGAGUAAUGGCAAUCAUUUUGUGUACUUCCGCUAUUUGCUAGGAGUAUAAGCUGAUUCUCUUGUAA